AACGAAAUUAACGUUGGAACUCUCUAGAACGGCCGCAUUGCACGCUUGGCGUCCCCGACCCCGACCCCUCGCCUCGCUAGUCGCUUAGCGUGUAGCGAAGCGAGCAGACGCGUCCGUCGAACUCCGCUUUAUGCCGACUAGCUGUACAAUUUACCUAUAAUGUACCCCGUAACUCCAUUGACGGUUGAUUUAAAGCCGCGAUUCUCACAUAAUACAGACGAAAAGUUGAUUGCAGCUGUAUUUAAAAGGGAGCCUCUUUGGAACCCAGCUAGUGAACUCCACAAAAACUCCGUUGUGCUAAAGAAACUGUGGAACAGUAUCGCUAUUGAAUUGGGAAAGGAUGUUACUUCAAUAAAGACAAGAUGGAAGAAUCUGCGGGCUUACUUCAUAAAAGUACAUCGAAAAAGCGACAGUGGCGAUCAACUGUCUACCAUUACGUGGCAGUUCUACGACCAGCUUUCAUUCCUGAAGUGCUGCUCUCCGGGAUUGGAAGGUAUCGGAGAAAGAGUACGCGUAGAUAACGAAGACAGUAAUUCAACUAUUGACGAAACGAUUGACGAGACAGUAAAUGAUAACAAAGAUAAUUCCGAUUCUGAUUCAUGCGCAAGCAAUAUGCCUAAACGCAAGAAACCAAAAAUGUCCGUCACCACAAAUAGUGAACCUUUCGAACUAGAUAAAAUGAAAUCUGAUGUCCUAGAAAGCGACAGUUAUCAGGAAAGAAAUUAUGACGAUCAGCAGUUCUUCGAAAGUCUUUUACCUUACGUGAAAAAUAUUCCGUUGAUGCGCAAGCUUAAAUUGAGAUGCAAGAUCCAGGAGAUGAUAUUAAAGGAGCUGGAGGCGGUUGAGAACGAUAUUGCUCAGCAACAGGCGCGUUUCACUGAAGUAUGUGUCGAGCCAGUGCCUCAAAGUAUACCUGAAAUCCCGAAACCUGAACAAGGUUUAAUAAUGGUUAAGGAAGAACCUUUAGAGUAACUUGUAGCAGAAUUAACAGAGGCUCUGUAGCAGAAUUAACAGAUGACCAAAAGUCAUCCAAAAAAUACGGA